CCCCCUUUUUUUUUCUCUCAUUUAAUUCAAAGGACAAAGCCUUCAUAUCCGUAACGCGCUUUCUCAGCUUCUUCUUCUCUUUUGCUUUUGUUUUUCUCUGCUCUGUUUUUUUUUUUUUUGGUUUGAUUGGAUCGAUCAUGUUGAAGAACAUUCUGGUGACCGGUGGAGCCGGUUAUAUUGGGAGCCACACGGUGUUGCAGUUGCUGUUAGGCGGCUACAGAGCGGUGGUCGUUGAUAAUCUGGAUAAUUCCUCUGACGUUGCUAUCAAAAGAGUCGAAGAACGCGCCGGUGAAUUCGGCAAAAACCUUUCUUUUCACCAGGUGGACCUUCGGGAUAGACCAGCACUCGAAAAACUUUUUGCUAAGACAAAGUUUGAUGCUGUGAUUCACUUUGCUGGAUUAAAAGCAGUCGGUGAAAGUGUACAGAAACCGUUGCUCUAUUAUGACAAUAAUCUUAUUGGGACAAUCACCCUGUUGGAAGUGAUGGCUGCACAUGGAUGUAAAAAUCUUGUAUUUUCAUCAUCUGCUACUGUGUAUGGCUGGCCAAAGGAAGUUCCAUGUACAGAAGAGUUCCCUCUGGUUGCGGUGAAUCCAUAUGGACGAACCAAGCUUUUCAUAGAAGAGAUCUGUCGUGAUAUCUGUGGUUCUGAUUCUGAAUGGAAGAUCAUACUUCUAAGAUAUUUUAAUCCAGUUGGUGCACAUCCUAGUGGCGAUAUAGGUGAGGAUCCCCAGGGUAUUCCAAACAAUCUCAUGCCUUUUGUGCAACAAGUUGCUGUUGGGAGGCGGCCAGCAUUGACAGUGUUUGGAAAUGAUUAUUCAACAAAGGACGGUACUGGGGUACGUGAUUACAUCCAUGUUGUUGAUUUAGCAGAUGGCCACAUUACUGCAUUAGAUAAAUUAUCUGAUCCAAAUAUAGGUUGUGAGGUUUACAACUUAGGAACAGGAAAGGGAACAUCAGUUUUGGAGAUGGUUGCGGCAUUUGAAAAAGCAUCCGGGAAGAAAAUUCCUCUUGUAAUGGCCGGUCGUCGACCUGGUGAUGCUGAAAUUGUUUAUGCUUCAACGGAAAAGGCAGAGCGUGAAUUGAAUUGGAAGGCAAAAUACGGCAUUGAGGAGAUGUGCAGGGAUCAGUGGAACUGGGCGAGCAAGAAUCCAUAUGGAUAUGGAUCUCCUGACUCAAACUGAGUGUCAAGAUUUUGUCACGCCACGCCGCGCCACCAUUCUUAUGAGAUUAGGUUUUCCUAAAUUUCACUGAUUUUUUUUUAGUCGAUUGUCAUUUAUAGAUAUGAUUAUAGAGAAUAAGGGGCACUUUGUUUAGGUUGCUUCGAUUGCUCUGAAGCUGUUAUUGGGGCCCUCAUUUCCUUGGUGGCUUUUUUUCAAAAAAGUCCAUUGCUUUACGCUGUUAAGAUGAACUUGAACUACAACUAUUUUAAUGACAACAUCUCUAUGUCCUAUGA